UGCGCUCCCUCCUCGUGCUGUCCUCGCCGUGCACGCGCGUGGUACCCACGGUCGCGAGGAGGAGGAGGAUGUUGCGCGUGAAGGGGAAAUGGCUGCCGAAAACAAGCCGGAAGGACUGAAGAAAGUUCGUAAUCCGGAUCGAAUGUACAGAUCAGCAGUGUGUUAUGCUGGCCAUGGUCCACCUAAGAGUAUCAGUGAUGACACAGAGACGAACAAUGAACAUGGACAUUUGAAAAUAUACCUGCCCAAGAAGCUGCUUGAAUGUCUACCAAAAUGCACGUCGCUGCCAAAGGAGAGACACCGGUGGAACACUAAUGAGGAGAUCGCGGCUUACUUGAUAACAUUUGAAAAGCAUGAAGAAUGGCUAACGACGUCCCCUAAAACAAGGCCGCAGAAUGGGUCGAUGAUAUUGUACAAUAGGAAGAAGGUGAAGUACAGAAAGGAUGGCUACUGCUGGAAGAAGAGGAAAGAUGGGAAGACCACGCGGGAGGAUCACAUGAAGCUGAAAGUGCAGGGAGUUGAGUGUUUGUAUGGCUGCUACGUCCACUCCUCCAUCAUCCCCACCUUCCACCGUAGGUGCUACUGGCUUCUCCAGAAUCCUGAUAUCGUGCUCGUCCACUAUUUGAAUGUUCCGGCCAUCGAGGAUUGUGGGAAACCAUGUGGGCCGAUCCUGUGCUCCAUCAACACGGACAAGAAGGAGUGGGCCAAGUGGACCAAGGAGGAGCUGAUCGGCCAGCUCAAGCCCAUGUUUCAUGGCAUCAAGUGGACUUGCAGCAAUGGGAACAGCAGCUCUGGCUUCUCAGUGGAGCAGUUAGUGCAACAGAUUCUGGACAGCCACCAAACAAAGCCACCUCCCCGGACUCACAACUGCCUCUGCACGGGUACCUUGGGUGCGGGGAGCAGCGUACACCACAAAUGCAACAGCGCCAAACACCGCAUAAUCUCACCUAAGGUGGAGCCUCGCUCAGGGGGUUACAGCAGUGCACACUCCGAGGUCCAGAACAACGAUGUGUCCGAGGGGAAGACCGACCAUAGCGGCCAUGGCGUAGGCAAAGGCUCUGGAGGAGGCGGAGGAUCAGGCAGCACCAGGGAAAAACGCAAUGGCAAAGUCCACAAGCCCGUCCUGCUGCACCAGAACAGCACAGAGGUGUCGUCCACCAACCAGGUGGAGGUCCCUGACACCACGCAGAACUCCCCCGUCUCCAUCAGCAGCGGCCUCAACAGCGAUCCAGACAUGGCUGACAGCCCCGUGGUGACGGGAAUGAGCCACGUGGCUUCAGUCAUGUCCGGACUCUCCCAGAGUGUCUUCAUGUCCGAGGUGACAGGAGACCCCGUGUACAGCAUGUCUCCAACUGGGGGUCCCAACGCUCACUUGAUGGGAACAGAUGCCACAUCACAGGGCUUGGUGUUGUCUGUGACCACUGAUCGUCACAAAUUUGCCUUCCCCGGAGGAGGAGUAGGGGAACCUGGGACCACCACAGCAGGAGACAGUCUGUCCAUGCUGUCCACAGCCGGGGUGUCCGAGGAACUGGUACUAACCAGCAGUCUGGACUCUGGAAGCAUUAAAAUCCCAGAGACUAAUAUGAACUUUGACCCCGACUGCUUCCUGAACAACCCCAAACAGGGCCAGACCUACGGUGGCAGCGCAAUGAAAACGGAGAGCAACUCUUCCUCAACUUCUUCUUCGUCUGGCGGCAGCAGUAGCACCAACGGCAAUCUGCAGCGCUCCCCGACCAUAUCAGACAACGGCUACACCUUCAGCUCAGCUCUCGUGAAGAACAUCAAGACAGAAGACACGUCCUUUGAGCAGCAACUGGCCAAAGAGAGCGGCUACCAAGUUGGCGGAGUGGUAAAUUGUGGCAACGGAGUGUCUGUAUCAUCCGGUGCUGGUUCAGGUCAAAGCAGCCUCAGUCUCACGGCAGCAGGCUCGCUGCUCCCAUCGGGCGGGGGACUGAGUCCCAGCACUACCUUGGAGCAGAUGGAUUUCAGUGCCAUCGAUGCCAAGCAAGACUACGCUUCGACUGCUACCACGGUGGGCUAUGCUCAAGCUAUGUCCAGUCCCCACAUGCAACACCAGAACCGUUCACCCAGCUUCUUCCUCCAGGAUUCUUCUCAAACCAGCCAGACUCAACAGGGGAGACCAGGCAUGGGCCAAAAAACACAUUUGAUGGAGCACAAUUCCCAUGACUCUGGAGCUUACAUGGGACUACAAGUAGUGAAAACGGACUCCCCCGGCAGCAACGGCCACCUUCAUCACCACCACCAGGCUCAUCAGACCCAGCACAGGGCCAACUGUAACGGAGGCUCGCCCAGAGACGGCCCCGGCCAGGCCGGCUCUCUCCAGCUGUUGCAGUACCAAGGGGGCUUUCCCGGACUGGGAACUGAGCACGAGGAGGUGGUCGGUCUGGAGCAACCUGGCAGCGUGAGUUCAGGUCAGACGGGAGCCACAGAGAGCGGUGCUGAGAACCUGCUAAAGCCCGGGGAUCACAUUCAGGCAUGCGGAGCAGGGAACGGAGAGGGAGGUGGAGCCGAGCACUACCUGCAUCAGGCCUCGGAUGGGAGUGGAGGGGGCACAGGAGGUGCUGGGGAAGGGGUAACACUUCACAAUGGAAACAACAACAGCGAUGGCAGCAACCGCUCCCAGCAGCAGCAGCAACAGCUGCAGCCUCUUCUCCAAGGUGCUAGCAUAGUCCAAGGACUGUACAACGCCGUCGGAGCCCACCAAGGUCUGGGCGGAGCAGCCAGCAAUGGGGGAGCAGGAGGAACAGGCAUGGAGAUCAGUCUGGACCACUUUGACAUAUCUUUUGGAAACCAGUUCUCUGACCUCAUUAACGACUUCAUCUCAGUGGACAGCAGUGGAACCGCCAUGUCGGCUGGAGGGGCCCUCUAUGCCCACCAGCUGGUCACAUCUCACGGCUCUGAGAGUCAGAACGCAGCUGGCGGAGCCCCGCAGCAAGGCCAGGAAGACGGCGGCGCCAGAGGCUCUGGCUACAGCCCCUCGGAGCUCUGCCUUCAACCUUGUUGCAGCCCCCAGUCUUUAAGUGCAGGGGCUGGAGCAGCAGGCAACACGGGAGAAGCAGGUUCCUUGUCUUACAUGAAUGUUGCAGAGGUGGUGUCUGCAGCUGUCGCCCAGGGGGCUCUGGGGAUGCUUCAGGCCACGGGUCGCCUCUUCAUGGUCACUGAUUACUCUCCUGAGUGGUCGUAUCCUGAGGGUGGAGUUAAGGUGUUGAUCACAGGUCCCUGGCAGGAGGCCAGCUCAACCUACAGCUGUUUGUUUGAUCAGAUCUCAGUCCCAGCUUCCCUCAUCCAGCCAGGAGUGCUACGUUGCUACUGCCCAGCUCAUGAUACAGGUCUGGUGACGCUGCAAGUGGCCAUCAGUAACCAGAUUAUCUCCAACUCUGUGGUGUUUGAGUACAAGGCCCGUGCUCUUCCAUCACUACCUUCGUCUCAGCACGACUGGCUCUCUUUGGAUGACAACCAGUUCAGAAUGUCUAUCCUGGAGCGCUUGGAGCAGAUGGAGAGGAGGAUGGCAGAGAUGGCCACCCACCAGCAAUCGGGCAGUGCAGGGAGCGGUGGGACUGGAGGAGGAACUGGGGGAGGAGGUGGAGGUGGAGGAGGCAGUGGAGGAAGUGGUGGGGGAGGCAACAACAGCCAGUCACAGUGUACAUCUGGCCAGACGCAAGCCAGCAGCUCUUUUGAGAGUCGCGUUGUCGUGGUCUGUGAGAAGAUGAUGAGCAGAGCAUGUUGGGCCAAAUCUAAACACCUAAUCCACUCCAAGACCUUCAGAGGCAUGACCCUCCUUCACUUGGCUGCCGGCCAAGGCUACGCCACCCUCAUUCAGACACUCAUCAAGUGGCGCACCAAACAUGCUGAUAGUAUUGACUUGGAGUUAGAAGUGGACCCUCUGAAUGUGGAUCACUUCUCCUGCACACCUCUGAUGUGGGCAUGUGCGCUGGGUCACCUGGAGGCAGCAGUGGUCCUGUAUAAGUGGGACAGACGUGCUCUAGCUAUCCCAGAUUCCCUGGGCCGCUUACCCUUGUCAAUUGCGCGCUCUCGUGGCCAUACCAAACUGGCUGAAUGUCUGGAGCAGCUUCAGAGGGAGGAGCAGCAGGCCCCGGGCCCCCUACCGCCCACAACCUGCAUGUCCUUCUCCCCAGCCCCGGAUGCAUCCACCACAGACAGCUGGAUGGUCAGCUGGGCAAACGACAGCAUAGUAGCACCAAGUGGAAAGAAAGGAGGUCCUGCAACCACCACAACCACAUCCAGCACCACCAACCUCAAUCCUGACUUAAGAAGGCCCAGGUCAGAGCCCUCUAAUUACUACAGCAGCGAGGGCCAAAGAGAUCUCCCUCUAGCAAAAAAACAUAAACCUAACCCAGAACUGUUUCAGACCCGGCCCGACAAGGCCAUGUCUGUCCCUCUGAGCCUGGAGCAGCAGCAGCUCAACAAGCUGUCCACCGGCGCCAAGAGCUUGUCCACAGAAGGCCUGAGUCUGGACAAAAGCCUGCCUACAGGAGGUGGGACUGGAACAGUGAAAUGGAGCUCCAGGGAGAGUUUCUCCAGCAGCAACUUGGGGAGGAAGGCGCUGGGGAUCAGUGGAGGCAGCAGCCUCGGUAGAGAGAAACUAGCCAAUCGGUUGCGGCAGCGGGAACAACUAGGCAUGUUGGUAAUGGCGGACAGAGAAAUGGCUGAUACAGAACUGCUAUCAUAUCGAGAGGAUCUGGAGAACCAGGACUGUCUCACACAGAUGGACGACCUGCAGGUGAACAUGAUGACUCUGGCAGAGCACAUCAUUGAAGCAACACCAGAGAGAAUCAAGAGGGAGAACUUCACGGCUACGGACUCGGUACCCUUAGACACGUCAGGGGUCACCAGCACCAUGAACUGGCUGGCAAACUACCUGGGAGAUGUGGAGCAGCUGCCGAGCAUUGUACAUCUACGAUCUUUGUACAACGAACCCCUGACCCCGUCAUCCAACCCCAGCAUGAGUCCUAGAGGAUCUCCGGUGAGAGAGGGGCCUCUGGAGAGGUCCAGCGUCCCCUCCCCGGCGGACUGGAGUGAGUUCAUCAAUGCCUCCAACAGCAAGGUGGAGCGACACCUGGCCCAGCUGACUCUGUCAGACCCAGAGCAGAGAGAGCUGUACGAGGCCGCCCGCCUAGUCCAAACUGCCUUCCGAAAGUACAAGGGGCGGCCUCUCCCAGAGCAACAGGAAGUAGCUGCUGCUGUUAUACAACGUUGUUACAAGAAAUACAAACAGCUAACAUGGAUAGCCUUGAAGUAUGCACUUUAUAAGAAGAUGACGCAGGCCGCCAUCCUUAUCCAGAGUAAAUUCCGCAGCUACCACGAGCAGAAGAAGUUCCAGCAGAGCAAGAGGGCCGCUGUGCUCAUUCAGCAAUACUACCGCAGCUACAAGGAGCUGGGCAGGCUGAAGCCCCGGCACCGCGGGGCUGCCGCUACGCUGGUGCAGCACAAGCUGAGAGGUAGUCUGCUCACAAAGAGACAGGAUCAGGCUGCCAGGAAGAUUAUGAGGUUUUUACGACGCUGUCGCCACAGCCCCUUGAUGGACCAUAGACUGUUCAAGCGGGGUGAAAGAAUUGAAAAGGGCCAGGGAACAUGAGACCCCUCGGAAGAGCCCCCUUGCGAUGUGACAUCACUCUCCUGACUCCUCUUUUCAUUUUUGUUUGUACUUGAGACAUUUUACAACCGAACAGGAAAAAAAACAUCAAUGCAAACACUGCAAAUAUAAAUACUACAGCAGUGUUACCGGUUCAUCUACUACAACAUGUACAACACACUUUUCUCACGUAACUAUUCUUUCCACUGACCUGAUUUUGGUUGGAGAACAGCAACUUCUACAGGAUUAUAAACUACAAUGUUUGGGGUGGGGGGGGGUGGAACAUUUGCUUUGUGGCAUUUUUUGCACUUUUUCAUGGAUUGCUAUGGUUUUUUUUUUUUUUUUUUGGUCUUAUUUGAAGAAGUUUUGGACAGUGAAGGAGGGCAAGGCAUAACGAGUGAGGACCUCGAGAGACUGCUGCAGGAGAUCUGAGGACCGAGAGACCGUGCAGAAACGUUCUGCAAUUGUGUUACAUUUUUUAAAGACUAAUUAACUCAUUUGAGGAAGGAUUUUCUUUUUUUUUUUUUUGGCCAAAUAUAUUAAUAACACACAUGCCCACUUCUAUCCAGUGCUGUAGACUGUACAGUAUUCAAUUUAGCUCUUUUGAGUUGCUCCUGUCCUACUGUGCUCUGCCCCACAGGUCUGCCCACACGGGUGGAGCUACAGAUGAAUGUAGUGGGGUUUAAACAUACACAAGCAGACUGGGGAGAAAAUAUUUAUGUUUUAACAUUUCUUAAAAAAAAAAGUGAUAUGCUUUAUCGUAUAUAAAUAUAUAUAUAUAUAUAAAUAUAUAUUGUCACUUUACUUGAAUUUGUUCCAUAUUGUCCAAUGUAUUUCUUCCAUCAUGUCCAAUGUACUGGUGAUCUGUAUCUUCAGGCUAUACGUUGUUAAAACCUACCAAGAAAAAAAAAAUGCAUGACUUGUUGGCAAGCAAAAGUCUUUGCUCGUGUGCUUCAGUCUAGUCUUACAGCCUAUCUUCUAAUUUUUCUUUUUUCGUUCCACCUUUGUGCUCAACAUGUCCAUAUUCUGCUUUGUUCGAGCCUUUUCUUAUUUCUGUAAUGAAGCUUUCUCUAUGUUGUCCGGUUUUUUGUUGUUUUUUUAUUUUGACGAUUAUUAUUUCUGUUUAUCGUUCAAUCGAUUGCCCCAACAGAAACCUAACAAGAGAGAAGAACUUGCCUAUUUUGUGUUGAUAUGGUUCUGGUCAUGCAGGUUGUUACUUUUUCUUUUUAAAUGAACUUCGGAGCCUGCGAAGGCUCUUGAGGGGAAGAUCACAUACAUUGCCUUGAUGUCUUAGAGAUUCUUCAAGGGGUCCCUAAGCUUGUCCCAAAAUAGGGGUUUGACAAAUCCAUAUUUUUGACAAUUGAGUGAUUUCUGUAUAUAAAGAAGGCUGAAAGUACGUAGGAAAAAAAAACAUGCUCCCUACAGGGAUUGUAUUUUAGAAAUAUUUUAUUUUAUUCAUUAAAAAUGGGUCAAAACAGGUAAGAGACAAAAACAGAAAAUUUGUAUAGUUUUGUUUGAAUGCUGGAGAAGUAUGGUUGUAUUGUGUGUAUAUAGUGUAAAUACCUGGGAUAAAAAUGAGCUAUGUGCAUGAAAAGUAUGAGCAGAGUAAAAAUGGG